AUGCUGCAGACCGUUGGUAUCGAGAAGCUCGGGCUGAUCCUGCUGGCCGUGGCGGGGUUCGCAGCAUGGAUUUUGUAUCGAAUGCUGCAAAACUGCGUCUGGCAUCCUCUGGCCAGGUUUCCAGGACCGCGCAUUGCCGCCAUCAGCCCUCUGUAUCGCGCCUAUAUCGAUUGCGUUGCCCAAAGCUCCUUUGUGCAUACCCUGGAGAAGCUUCAUGCAAAAUACGGGGACAUUGUCCGUGUUGGGCCUAAUGAGCUGCAUUUCGCCAAUCCUUCAGCCUAUCUAGAAAUAUUCAAUUCGAACAAUCGCUGGGACAAGGAAGAAAGCGUCUACCACAGCUUUGGCGAGGAUCGCUCCUCCUUUGGCUUCCUGACCUACAAGGAGGCCAAGGAAAGGAAGGAUGUUCUCACGAAGAUGUUUUCGAAGAAAGCGAUUGCCGAUGUCCAGGGACUCAUCGUGGAGAAGGUCGUCGACCUCUGCAAAUCGUUCGAAAGACGUGGCAAUGAGCCUGUCGAUCUCUUCUACGCUUUUAGAUGCAUGUCCAUGGAUGUCAUUACUUACCUGUGCUUUGGCAACUCCGUCAACGCAAUCAACGCUCCUAACCACGAGGCGCCCAUCAUUCUCGCCAUGGAGGCAUCGCUGCCUGUCUUUGUCUGUUUCAAGCACUCGUCUCUGUACAAAGGGAUGAUCAUGAACUGUCCGCCGAGGAUUUCCAAGAUUGUCAGUCCUGCGACUGCGGGUCUAGUUGACCUGCAGCAGCUCUUGAAAAAGCAGAUCAGCGAAUUAACCAGCAACCCGGAGAAUCUCAAGAAGCUCCCUCAUUCGACAACGAUUUACCACGAGCUGCUCCGCCCAGAGGCAUACCGCAGUGGCACUGCUCCGAGCUCCGAAAGCCUGUACGAGGAAGCGCAGGCACUGCUUUUUGGCGGGGCCGACACAACGGGGACGACGCUUAUGCACGGCACGUUCUAUAUUCUCUCGUUGCCGGAGAUCUACCGGAAGCUGAAAGAGGAGCUGCUUCGAGCAUGGCCGGACUUGGAAAAGCAGCCGGGUUUGAGUGAGCUGGAAAAGAUGCCGUAUCUCGUAGCUCUCUCUGUCUAUUUCUCUUUUUCUGGUGGUGAAUUUGAGCUGACUGUGUUGCCAGACUGCCGUCAUCAAAGAAUCGCUUCGAGUAAGUCCUGGCGUUGCAUCUCCGCUGCCGAGAGUUGUGCCUGCACCAGGGGCGACUAUUUCGCAGACAUUCAUCCCGGGAGGAACCGUAGUACAAAUGAGCAGCCAUUUCGUCCACCGCAAUCCGGCCAUAUUCGAGAACCCAGACGCUUUCAAUCCGGAGAGAUGGCUCGACGCAAAAGGGAAGGAUCUAGACAAGUGGCUAGUCGCGUUCUCGCGCGGGCCUCGAAGCUGUCUCGUCUGGCGUGGGCGGAACUGUACAUCUGCUUUGCGCAUGUAUUCCGCAAAUUCGAUAUCGAGCUUGAUCCGUCGAGUCCUGAGAAGCUUGUGUGGCGGGACUGCUUUCUGCCUGAAUAUCGGGGGCCGCAUCUCAAGGCUAGAUUGAGGAAGUGUCUCGUCUGA